AUGGUAAUUAAUGAAUAAAUCCAUCUUCUUGAAAGUUCAUGUAAUUAAGGAAGUAUAAAAGUUAUCUCAUAAGAUCCAUUUGAAAAAUCAUUUUUGCAAGUAAUAUUCACAUGGACAGUAUUUCUAUCUUACCUAUAAUGGCAUUUUAAUGUUCUAGUAUAUUUAAGAAUUGUUAAUUAGUAUUUUUUAUUUCUUAACUUUUACAAUUAUUCUGAUUUAAAUUUUACAGAAUGCUUGAAAUCAACAUCUUAUAAUUUAAGUUUAUCUUCAAUAUGUCAAAACGAUACUGCAUAAUAUUGGCUAACCAUUUAUUUUGACUCUAAUGGAAGUGUUAUAAAAACAAGCUUAUUGUAAAUACCUUAUAAAUUUACUUAUAUAUCUAAAAUUAGUAAUAUCGACACUCUUAAUUUUAUAUUAGGAUCUUAUAAUUAUCAUUAUGAAAAGUUGUAUUUAUUGAACCCGUUAAACAACACCAUGCAGUAACUUGAUUAUUAAAAUCAUGAUGAAAUUACUAUAGAUUUUUCAGUAGCUUUAUUUAAUUCUGGUUUAGAUAUGAAUUAGUCAAAUUUAGUUAUUAUUUUAUACAUCUCUUAUAAUGAGAUCUAUUCUUAAUAAUUAAAUUUCAAUAAAUACUCAAUUACUUUAGAAGAUUUAAAUUUUUUGGAUUUUCUGCAUUAUACACAUUUUGUUUAAAUUUUGAUAUUGCAAAUAAGAGACAAAUAAAUUUUCUUCCUUGUCACUAGUAUUGAAGGUGUUGGAUAUUUAUUAGUAUAUAAGUUGUUUUCGAAAUCAUUUGAGCUACAUCCUUCUAAUGUUAUCACAACUAUCACAGCUUACACAUACAAUAAUACUGUACUAGUGCCAAAUUCUGUUUAUUCUAAUGGAUUUCUACUUCAAUAAUUUAAAUAAGGAAAUACCUAUAUUAUAGGAGUUUACUACAUUCCUAAUUUACUUAUUAACAAUUUAGAAGAGCCUAUUUUGAUGUUAGGAUAAUUAAACUCUACAUCUUCUGAAUAUGCUUUAAUUACUAAUAUAGAGGAUCGAAACGCUACAUGCCUUGCAUUAAAUAAUGGAUCAGUUUUAUAUUAUCCAAUAUAUACUAGAACAUUAAUAUGCCAUUAUAGGUAAGAUAGAAAUACUGUCCAUGUGAAUAUUACUUGCAAAAAUGAUUUUUCAAAUGGAUCUUAUGAGAUAACUUUUAUACUUCCUUAAUUAGAUGAACCUUCAAGAAGAUGGAUUUAUUCAUUAAUUACCAUAAUAAUUUUUUAAUUAAUAGGCUUUUAUAUUUUGGUUAAAUAUAGAAUGAGAAAUAUUGGUUAUAUCAGGACAGAAAUAGAACUUUGA